CUGCAGUCUCUUUCCACGGCCACAAAACCACCGUGAGUGUCUAACUCACUGUUCUUGAAAAACUUUGAAAAAAUACAUAAAAAACAUAAAAAAAUUACAAAAACUUCAUAAAAAGAAACGAAGUGUUUAGAUUAAGAAAAUAGUUAAAAAAAAAUAGCAAAAUUAAAAAAGGACCUCCGGUCGUAAAAAUAAUUUUUUUCGUCGAUCUUUGAAGUUUUUUUAUUUUAUUUUUAUUUUGUUUGGAAGCGGUUCCUUGCCAGCUGGGUGAACGCGCACAUUUUGGAUCACUCGCUCCUCAUAGCAGCGUUUUGAAAGGAAGUUCACUGAAUUAGACGCUCAGGAUAUGAACACUGCGACGGGGAGUUAUCCGAUGGCUUCUCUUUACGUUGGCGACUUGCACCCCGACAUCACGGAGGCGAUGUUGUACGAGAAAUUCAGCCCAGCCGGACCGGUGCUGUCCAUUCGGGUCUGCCGAGACAUGAUCACCCGGCGGUCCUUGGGGUACGCUUAUGUCAACUUCUCCCAGCCUGCGGAUGCCGAGCGAGCCUUGGACACCAUGAACUUUGAUGUGGUGAAAGGAAAGCCAAUCAGAAUCAUGUGGUCCCAAAGAGAUCCCUCCCUCAGGAAGUCUGGCGUGGGCAACGUCUUUAUCAAGAACCUUGACAAGUCCAUCGAUAACAAAGCGCUGUAUGACACCUUUUCUGCCUUUGGAAACAUCCUGUCCUGCAAGGUGGUGUGUGAUGAAAAUGGCUCCAAGGGCUAUGCCUUCGUUCACUUUGAGACCCAGGACGCCGCUGACCGCGCCAUUGAGAAAAUGAACGGCAUGCUUUUGAAUGACCGCAAGGUGUUUGUCGGUCGCUUCAAAUCUCGCAAGGAGCGUGAGGCCGAGCUUGGGGCCAAAGCCAAGGAGUUCACAAAUGUCUACAUCAAGAACUUUGGUGACGAUAUGGAUGAUGAGCAUCUGAAGGAGCUUUUUGACAAAUAUGGCAAAACACUCAGUGUGAAAGUGAUGACAGACCCUACUGGCAAAUCCAGAGGCUUUGGAUUUGUUAGUUAUGAGAAGCAUGAGGAUGCUAACAAGGCUGUAGAGGACAUGAAUGGCACGGAUCUCAACGGCAAGACCGUGUUUGUGGGACGAGCUCAGAAGAAAAUGGAACGACAGGCGGAGCUAAAGCGCAAGUUUGAGAUGCUGAAACAGGAGAGAAUCAGCCGCUAUCAGGGAGUUAAUCUUUACAUCAAGAAUCUAGAUGACACCAUAGAUGAUGAAAAACUUCGUAAGGAGUUUUCCCCUUUCGGGUCCAUUACAAGUGCCAAGGUGAUGCUGGAGGAGGGCCGCUCCAAGGGCUUUGGCUUUGUUUGCUUCUCUUCCCCCGAGGAGGCCACCAAAGCAGUAACUGAGAUGAACGGACGCAUCGUCGGCUCCAAACCGCUCUAUGUGGCUCUUGCUCAGCGCAAAGAAGAGCGUAAAGCCCAUCUCACCAACCAGUACAUGCAACGCAUCGCGGGCAUGAGGGCAAUGCCAGCCAACGCCAUCAUUAAUCAGUUUCAACCCACCAGUGGCUACUUCAUGCCGACCGUGCCACAGGCCCAGAAUAGAACUACUUACUACGCACCCAAUCAGAUGGCCCAAAUGCGACCAAAUCCUCGCUGGCAACAAGGUGGUAGGGGUCAAGGUGGUUUCCAGGGGAUGCCCAGCUCACUGCGGCAACCAGGUCCACGUGCUAACCUGAGACACAUGUCUCCAAACAGCAACACCCAAGGCCCAAGAGGUUCCGGCCAGAACAUUGGUCCUCGUCCCUCAAUGGUAGUGCCAGGUCCCCGGACCAUGCCGCCGUACAAAUACGCUACGGGUGUGCGCAACCCAAAUCCCCAGGUGGUGCAACCUAUUGCAUUACAGCAGACUCAGCCAGCUGUGCAUGUUCAGGGUCAGGAACCGCUGACGGCUUCCAUGCUGGCUUCUGCACCUCCGCAGGAGCAAAAGCAAAUGCUCGGGGAACGUCUAUUCCCACUGAUUCAGGCCAUGCACGCCAACCUUGCGGGAAAGAUCACAGGCAUGCUGCUUGAGAUCGACAACUCGGAACUGCUACAUAUGCUAGAAUCUCAUGAGUCAUUGCGUUCAAAGGUGGAAGAAGCUGUUGCGGUGCUGCAGGCCCACCAAGCAAAGAAAGAUGCCACUCAGAAAGUAGGCGGCAUGACUAACACCGGUGCUGCUGCUACCACAUCCUGAAUGGUUAAUUCAAUCGGGCAGUUUGAGCUGUGGAAAGCCAUGCUAUAAUGAAACCAGACAA